AUGCAGCUUACGUCUUGCCUUGUGUGGGCGGGUGCUCUGGUUGGCUCUGUUGUGUUCGACUCUGAGACUGGCUUCACCUUCUCCGAGUUCAAGGUUGCCUACUCGCUGACGGCCAACAUCGCCUUCCGCGUUGCUGUCCCCGCGGCCGCGCAGUCUGGCCAGCCGUACGAUGUGGUUUACCAAGUCGUUGUCCCCAACCAGGUUGGCUGGGCUGGUAUCGCCUUCGGAGGCAGCAUGACGUACAAUCCUCUCCUGGUCGGUUGGGCAAACGGACAACAGACUCAAACCUCCACGAGAUGGGCAACCGCGCACUCCCAGCCCACAAUCUACAACCAGGCGACGCUCCAGAAACUCACCACCGGCAACCGCGUGAACGGAACCCACUGGCAGUUCACCGGCAAGUGCACCGGCUGCACGUCCUGGGCCAACCGCAGCGGAGGCAAAACCACCCUGAAUCCAAAGGGCACCAACCGCCUGGCCCUCGUCAUUUCCAACAGCAAGCCGCAGCAGCCGUCCAACCCCAGCUCCAACUUGGUCAUGCACGAGAACCCGAUUUACUGGAGCCAGAGCUUCACUGAGGGCUCCAACGCAAACUUCGAUGAGCUGGUGAGGAAGAACGGCGGAACUGUUACGUCGGGGAAUUCUACGUCUGAGACUCCUACGUCUGAAACCCCCUCGUCUGGGACCCCCCAGUAGCGUAUUGUUGGUGUCUAGAGCAUGGAUGGAGAAAGGAGGGUGGUGGAGG